GCGGUCAAACGACUCAUCGACGGUUCCGGACAACGACGACGGAGACAACAGGCCCCCUUGGCGGACAAGGCAACAAAGGUCAGCAACAUCACGCCACGCCUCCAAGAAAAUAGCGCUCAAAAGGGCUCUCAGCAUACCACAGCGUGUGAGGCCCCUGCUGCCUAUCACAGGACACAGUACUACUUGUCUGACAGCAGGCGGUGCUCUCAGUGCCGCAUGUUGCGACACCAUGGAUUACCUAUCGUGCUAACUUUUCUACUCACAGCAACGUGCGCAAAUCCAUCGGCACACGGUUGGUUGGUUGCGCCGACGAACGUGGUGAAAAUGCGAUACAAUCCGAUGUCCGAUAUCAGAAAUAGCGACCAGGGUUACUGCCGUCGUGGGGUUGCGGAAAGCUCGGAAGGCAAACUACCGCUAGCGCCGACGCCCCGUUUUCCUUUCCUUUCCCAGCGGUAUCCUCCCAGCCUUCUACCUACUCGGAGUAGGCCUGCUCAAAGGGGAGCUUCGGAAGAGCUCGCUCAACUUCCAUGGAUGACAAACGGGCGAGCUUCCGCCGAAUACCUUAAUAAUGGCCCUGCUCUCUCAAGUUCAAUGAUUCGUCACACGUACUUGUAUAAUGCGGAGCAGCCCCCCCAGCUGCUGCACCUGUCUCUGCUAAGCUCCCUGCAUCGCCCGCCUGGCUCAUCCUUUGUCACCGCCCAUUCGCCGUCUUCAGAGCUCCAGCCGUCGCGUCGGUGCUCCGUCUUAUAUCCGCUGGAGCUUGGGACCCCGCCUCCGUCAUAAUAAGACGCAGACGCCGUGUCCCUACUCUGUCUGGUCUCCUCUGUGAUCCUCCGAGAGCUCCCUCUCACCUAGAAACGGUGGUAUUACGACUCUUACCAACCAUUUCCGGCUUGACACAUUAGUAUACAUGCUGCGAAAGGCUGUGGUGCUUCUUGCAACUGCAGCGCUCCUGCUAGAGGCACUCCCUCUGGUAGCCGCUCAUGGCGACGGCCAUGGCAGC